ACGCUCACUCUCAUAUUCAGUCGCGGCGGAGCUCAGGUCGGAAUAACGGUGCGGGCGAAUGAUGCUGGGAAUGAUGCCUGCGGUUGGAGCCGUGGGAGUCGGGCUGUUCUGCGCUCUACUUGUCGCCUUCAUGCCCGGUGGCAUGUCAGACAUAGCGACUCUGGUGCAGGACCCGGUCCGACCCGAAUCGUCCCUGCUGAAGCCAAAAAUCAUGAUCGCCAUUCUGGCUCGCAACGCGGCGCACAGCCUGCCGCACUACCUGGGCUGCAUCGACAGGCUAGACUACCCGAAGGAGCGGAUCGCUAUAUGGGCAGCGACAGACCACAGUGUGGACAACAGCACAGCCAUGCUGAGGGAGUGGCUGAAGCAGGCCCAGGACCAGUACCACUAUGUGGAGUGGAGACCCAUGGAGCAGCCCAAGUCCUAUACUGAUGAGUGGGGGCCCAAGCACUGGCCUCCGUCCCGCUUCAACCAUGUGAUGAAGCUGAGGCAGGCUGCUCUGAAGGCAGCACGGGAACGCUGGGCAGAUUAUAUACUGUUUGCAGACAGUGAUAACCUGCUGACCAACCCCAGGAUCCUGAACCUACUCAUGGCUGAGAACCUGACUCUGGUGGCCCCCAUGCUGGAGUCUCGCUCUCUCUACUCCAACUUCUGGUGUGGCAUCACUCCCCAGGGUUACUAUAAGCGUACUCCAGACUACCAGCCAAUCAGGGAGUGGAAGCGUCUGGGUUGCUUCGCCGUACCCAUGGUGCACUCUACCUUCCUGUUAGACCUGAGGCGUGACGCCAGUCGGGAGCUGGCCUUCUACCCCCCUCACCCUGACUACAGCUGGGCCUUCGAUGACAUCAUGGUAUUCUCCUUCUCCGCCCGACAGGCAGAUGUCCAGAUGUAUGUGUGUAACAGAGAACACUAUGGCUUCCUGCCCGUUCCUCUGAAGGCCUCACAGAAUGUUGACGAGGAGAAGGAGAGCUUCACACACACUAUCGCUGAGGCCAUGAUUGACCACAACAUAGCGCCCUCAGAGUACUUGUACAAUCCCCAGAUGCCGCAGGACAAGAUGGGCUUUGAUGAGAUCUUCCUGAUCAAUCUGAAACGUCGUCUGGACAGGAGACAGAGAAUGUUGAGCACCAUGACCUCUCUGGGUCUGCAGGCCACCCUUACUGACGCAGUGGAUGGCAAGGCUCUGAACACUUCUCAACUGCAGGCGUUAGGUAUAGAGAUGAUUCCAGGUUAUCAGGACCCAUACUCUGGCCGUGUUCUAACCAGAGGAGAGAUAGGCUGCUUCCUCAGCCACCACUCCGCCUGGGUACAGUUGGUGGAGCGUGGUCUUUCCAAGGUGCUGGUGUUGGAGGAUGAUGUGAGGUUUGAGCCCAGAUUUAAGAGGCGAAUGAUGACCAUCAUGGAGGAAGUAGAGAAGGCCCAGCUGGACUGGGAUCUCAUCUAUGUGGGGCGUAAGCGUAUGCAAGUGCGUCAGCCAGAGCGUUCAGUGGAAGGGGUUAAUAACCUGGUGGAGGCGGACUACUCAUAUUGGACGCUGGGCUAUGCUCUGUCAGCGCAGGGUGCCAGGAAGCUGCUGGCUGCUCAGGCCUUCAGCAAGAUGCUACCUGUUGAUGAGUUCCUCCCCGUCAUGUUCAACAAACACCCCAAUUCUGACUUCAUGUCUCACUUUGAGCCUCGGGACCUGAAGGCCUUCUCCGUGGAACCCCUCCUCCUCUACCCCACCCACUACACGGGCGAGCCAGGCUACGUCAGCGACACAGAGACCUCCACCAUCUGGGACGACGAGGCCACCGCCACCGACUGGGACCGCCAGCACCAGCAUGCCAGGAAGACAGAACAGCAAGGCCGCAUCCACACCGUGGCCCAGAACAGUGUGACGGGAGACUCACCUCCACCCGCUGCCCGCUCCACACGAGACGAACUCUGAGGAAGAAGAGAUAGACUUGUUUACACACAGACAUACACAUAGAUUUACACACACACACACACACACCUGGACAGACACACACUGCACAGGCAUGUGCACUGCACACACACACUCACACUCAAAGACCCAACCAACUGGAUACACACUAAACUGCUCCGCUCGGUGCUCUUUCUCAUUGGCUAUCUGCUGGCUAAUAGCAUAACAGCAGGCUGAGAUGCGAAUUCCAUUGGCUGCCUGGUGAGGGGCGGAGUGGUCUGUGCACUGAGGAAUAGGAAGUGGGCUUCAGGCCCAGGACCCCAGCUUAAUUUAUUCCCCAUCCACUCUACAUGACACAUACACACACACACACCUUGGAGAGAUGCAGAGAGGGACUGGGGGGGGGGGGGGGGGGGGCUGAAAAACCACACCAUGCUGGGACUAUAUGAGAGAGACUGGGACAAACCGGGACUCUGCAACAUGUGGAAGACAGAUAUUGCUGUUGGCAGUGCAGAGAUACAAUUCACAAAUAAAUCUUUUUUUAUUGUUAAAAAGGAUUAAUAUUGUAAUUUAAAAAUAACAGAUGUGGUUUAUGGUCAGGAAUAAAGUUAUUUUACAGCUGUC